UUAAAACCAAAGACUCGUCUUCCUCGCUGUUCUUCUCCCCAUGCAACGAGAUCCAACCUUCUCCUCCGCCGUCGCCGUCGUCGUCGCCGCCACCGCCGGGUUGGUGUCUCCACGUUGACAAGGAGGACGGUGGGCGGCCGGAACGGAAGCGCCGCCGACACCGAGAUUUCUGGGGUUUUGCUGAGAAACCGGAGAGAUUCGCCUCUUUGCGCCGGAGGAAUUGCGGCGAAGGCGGAGAUGAAGGGGAAGAGUCUGCCGCUCAUCACCUUUGAGCAUAAGAGGGAUGCGUAUGGGUUUGCUGUGCGGCCUCAACACUUGCAGAGAUAUAGAGAGUAUGCAAAUAUCUAUAAGGAGGAAGAGGAAGAGAGAUCUGAUCGAUGGAAGAACUUCUUGGAAAGGCAGGCAGAGACUGCCCAGGUGCCGUUUGAAGAUUCUCUGGCACAGGAAGGUGGUGCCCCGUCACCAGUGACAAGUGUCCACAGUGCUGAAUCUGAUCAAAAUGGUAUUGAUGACAAAGAUAAUAAGGUGGUGAGACCUCACAAAAUCCAGAUUUGGUCUCAUAUUAGACCAUCUUUGAGUGCCAUUGAGCAGAUGAUGAGUGUUCGGGUGAAGAAAAAGAAGGAAGCAUCAAAAGACGAGCAUGAUGGAGUGAAAGUUUCAAAUGGUUUAGCACCAAUAGAGGAGGGGAGAGCAGCUAAAGGGGCCUCGGAAGAGGAUUCUGAGGAAGAGUUCUAUGAUGUGGAGAGGUCAGAUAUUGCGCAGGAGGUACCUGCAAAUGAUAGUGGUAAUUCUGAUCUGGCACCUAAUUCUGAUAGUCAAGAGCCCUUUGUCCCUUGGAAGGAAGAGUUAGAAUGUCUUGUUCGUGGAGGAGUGCCUAUGGCUCUCAGAGGAGAGCUAUGGCAAGCCUUUGUUGGAGUGCGAACACGCAGAGUGGAGGGUUAUUACCAGGACUUGCUCGAUCAAAAAACUAAUACUAGCAUUGGAGAAAAAGUUGAUGCUUCAAAUAAACCUCUAGGACUUGCGCCUGAAAAAUGGAAAGGGCAGAUAGAGAAGGAUUUGCCAAGGACAUUCCCGGGGCAUCCUGCACUAGAUGAAGAUGGUAGAAAUGCUUUGAGGCGGUUGCUUACAGCAUAUGCUCGGCACAACCCAUCAGUAGGGUACUGCCAGGCAAUGAAUUUUUUUGCAGGCUUAUUGUUGUUGCUGAUGCCUGAAGAAAAUGCAUUUUGGACUCUAAUGGGAAUAAUUGAUGACUACUUUGAUGGUUACUAUUCCGAGGAAAUGAUAGAGUCUCAGGUGGAUCAGCUUGUUCUAGAGGAAUUGGUGCGUGAGAGAUUCCCUAAAUUAGUUAAUCAUCUAGAUUAUCUGGGAGUGCAGAUUGCAUGGGUUACUGGCCCCUGGUUCCUUUCCAUUUUUGUGAAUAUGCUUCCUUGGGAAAGUGUUCUUCGUAUGUGGGAUGUGCUUCUCUUUGAGGGAAAUCGUGUAAUGUUAUUCCGUACAGCUCUUGCACUGAUGGAGUUAUAUGGCCCUGCAUUAGUGACUACAAAGGACGCUGGAGAUGCGGUUACGUUGUUGCAGUCCCUGUCUGGUUCUACCUUUGACAGUAGCCAACUAGUCUUGACUGCCUCAAUGGGUUACCAAGCAGUGAAUGAACUAAAACUGCAAGAGUUACGGAAAAAGCAUAGGCCUGCCGUUCUAGCUGUGAUGGAGGAAAGGAACAAAGGGCUUCGUGUCUGGAGGGACUCUAAGGGUCUUGCUUCCAAGUUAUAUAGUUUCAAACAUGAACCGGGAUCAUUGUCCGAAAAACUUUCUGCAGAAAAAGCAGGUCGCAUGCUUACAAAUGGGGAUGCUUACCUGUUGGAACCUGAGUCUACUGAUUUUGAAGGAUAUAUGAGCAGUCAAAUGGUUGAUGCAGAAGUGGACACUGUACCAAACCUUAAAGAACAGGUCUCAUGGCUGAAAGUUGAGUUAUGCAAGCUCCUUGAGGAGAAAAGAUCAGCCAUUCUCAGAGCAGAGGAAUUGGAGACAGCACUCAUGGAGAUGGUGAAGCAGGAUAAUAGACGUGCUUUGAGUGCAAAGGUAGAGCAGUUGGAGGAAGAGGUAUCUCAGUUGCGGCAGGCUCUUUCGGAUAAACAGGAACAGGAGCAUGUCAUGCUUCAGGUUCUAAUGAGGGUGGAACAAGAACAAAAGGUGACUGAAGAUGCUCGCAUAUUUGCUGAACAAGAUGCUGCUGCACAGCGUUAUGCUUCUCAUAUGCUUGAGGAAAAAUAUGAAGAAGCUAUGGCUUCACUGGCAGAAAUGGAGAAAAGGGCUGUUAUGGCAGAGACAAUGUUGGAGGCUACUUUGCAGUAUCAAUCUAGCCAGGUUAAAGCACAGCAAUCUCCAUGUCCUUCUCCAAGAACUCCACGAGCGGACAACAUAAGCCCUUCAGUUAAUCAAGAGUUGCCUCAGGAUGCACCAUUAUGGAAAAAGGGCUUGCUUUCUAGACCAUUUGGACUUGGUUGGCGAGAUAAGAACAAGGGUAAACCAACCAAUUUGGAGGACUCUAAUGAUGGAAAACCCCUAAAUGAAGGACCUCAAUACACAACCACACCACCUAAAGACGCAAACGAACUUCUAGUGCCAGACAAGUAGCUUUUGCUAGAAAGCAUCGUCACUCAUCUGUUGUUAUAUUUUCUUCACCAUCUUUAAAAAUAUCUCGGCUGAUAUCCUAUGUUAAUUUGUUCAUUGUUGAGAAGAAGACCCUAUAUGCUAUCAGUGUCAGAUGGCUACCGGUGCAAUCAGUCACCUCUUUCAAAUAUAUUUCUUCUGUGUAGGGUUUGCAAUUUUAUUGUAAUUUAUAUAAUAUAUUACUAUAUAUAUAUAUUUAAAGAGAACGUGUUAAUGUAUAAACUGGUCUGUCAUUAUUUGAUUAAUUAUCAAUAAAUAGGUGAUAUGAUGAGGAAGAAGAGAUGUAGAACAAUGUUAUGUAAAACGUACCAAGUUUAAGCCAUAUCAGUGCUCAGGUUUCUUGAGUGUACC